ACUCUGUUCACAAACCUCUCAAGCCAUGGGAACCUCCCAUGCAAACAAGCCUCCUUCAAAUUAUUUUCUUGCAGCUGAAAAUAUUUCACCAGACUCACUCUCUUUCAGUGGCCUUGUCUCCAUUCAAGACCAUCAAUCCAAAUCGCCUUCUCUUCCUCUAAACCAGUCCAAACACCAAGAUCAGAAUCAGACGGCCAAUCAGAGCCCAGAAUUUGAGUUUAUUGUGACUAAACCAAUCCCAAAAUCUGCAGCAUCAGAAAACUCAGUGAAGAAGACUAAACCAAAACCUGCUAAUGAUCUGAUUAUUUCCAUUGAGCAACUUCAACCACAAGCCAUUCCAUUCCAAUCAGAUCACACAGAUCUUCAUCAUCACACUUCAUCCCUGAGUUCUUUACUAUCAGCUCAUAAUCAUGGCAAUGUCAAGAGAGUAGGUUCUGGGAAUACAAGGAAAUUUGCUGGGGUUGAGAAAGGAAGAAAACCUAGAAGCAAGUCUUCUUCUGGUGGGAAGUUUUUCAAGUCUCUGGUGUCACCAUGCAGGGAAUGUCGUGCCUUUAAGCCAAAAGUCAAAGUUCACUGACACGAAGGUUUAUAGAUUCCCUAUAUAUGCAUUCAUUUCUCUUCCUUUCCAGACCUUUGUGUCAUAAAAUAUUCAACUUUUCUUGCCUAGAAGUUUUAUCAAUAUAAAUGAUCGGAAAUAAGGCUUCAUGUACAUGGGUAUUGUAUUAGUCACAAAAAUCUGUAUGAGAGAGGGCGAGAGAGAGAUGGAUGUUAAAUUCUGAGGAUUGAUUUUCUGAUUAUAUGUUUAUUUUAUGGCUUGUUUCCAAUUU